AUGGCGCUAUCGAAAGCAGUUCCAAACGCAGCUGAUGAGAUUGAUUUGAAGAUUCACUAUAUGUACUACAAUGAAAGUCGCGUCUCGCCAAUUUCGAUAGAAUUUACUGAGCUGAUGUCUCCUGGAUACAUUGGACUGGAAGCUGUCAUACAGUCCCAGAUUAAGUACAUCAGCCGAAUGCCGAUGCUGAGAAUGUCAUACAAGGAUAAAGAGGGAGAUUAUGUGGAUGUUUCUCAAGCUAAUUUCUCCAAAUUCCACAGGACCGUGCGCACAGACGAAAUCCCUGUCGUUAAUAUUAAAGUAUCCGAAGGAACGUCGCCGGGACAUUUCCAGUCGCCAACUAAUCCUCGAUCCGGAGAAACGACUGCUCGAAAGGAGUUGAAUUUCCAGACACCUACUACAAGCACCUAUCAGAGUGAGUGUCACAGUGACGGAGAUGAAGUCCUCGAUUUUUACACUUAUCGAUCGCCAAUCGAACAGACCAUAAAAGAUCUUACCGAUGACAUUAAAGAAUUGGAGACAGAAAGUGUUAGGGAUUACGCUUUGAGCAUGCUAGAAAAAUAUUGCACGACCCCGCGAAACAUCGGAAAUGGUAAGCAAUGCGGAAAUUGCCACCUGCGACUUGAUCACAAUGCAAGACAGUGCACUAUUGAAAAAUGUGUGACAAGUCAGCAAUGCGGCGAUGUAAGUAAACAUCCGGAAGAGAAAUCAAUUGUUGAAAGUGCAAAUGAGCACCUCAAACGGCUUGAAAAAAAAAAAAAAAUGAGAGAGAAAACGUUAGAACACGAGACAAAACAGAAGGCAAUUGACUCUGUUAAAAACUCUUUCAAUCAGAAAAUUAGGGGAUAUCUGAUUAACAGCGACAAAGGAAAAUAUUUACUAAAAACUGCAAAUGGGCAUUACGUGCCAAGAUCUGGCAUUGUCAACAUUGACACAGCAAAACUUGAGAAACAUUUUCACGGAAAGGUGCCGGAUAACUUGGAGCAAAUAUCGCGCACCUUUCCAACGAUAAUAAAGAAUUUUGACGGCGGGCGUCCCAGACCUCGGAACCUUGGAAAUCCAGCUCGGCCCAUUCUGGAAGCGAACUCCGUACGGUUUCCUGCGGCAUUGGGGAGGCCCCCAAGUCCAAACGCACCAUAUCCCUGGGAUGAAUCCGUGCCACCUAAGAAAAGGCGUUAAACAUAAAU